AUGGACGAAUUGCAAUUGCAUGUCGACACCGUCAACACCUUGAAACUCGAAGGCAACGACCUUUAUAAGAAACAGGACUUCACUGCGGCGUCCCAAAAAUAUACAGAAGCGAUAAACGCGUGCAAGGACAACAAGACUUUGGCUAUUUUGCACAGCAACCGCGCUGCAGUGUCUACAAAACUGAAUGACUACCUGCAUGCCAUAAUCGACGGCCAAACAGCCACGAAAGCCGACCCAGACUACAUGAAGGGGUACAUUCGUACGGGUACCGCAGCUAGCGCAGUUGGAAUGUGGGAUGUGUCGCUUCGCUCGUGGAGGAUGGCCUUGGGGCUAAUUACCGACUCUGACCCACUGCUGAAAGUUAUGUGUAAGGCCCAUAUCGAUGCGGCAGAGGCAGCCCAAACGAAGCGUCAGAAGGAAAUCUCGCGUGUCACCUACAAGCCUGGCUCUCGAGCAGGACAAGUUAUGCCAUGGGUGCGGGCCAAGAGGUUGUGGGAGCAAAACCGAUUGCCGUUGCAGAGCAGUGGAAACGUCAUUCUCCGAGCAACCGUGGCGUUUGAAGCAGCAUUAACGGAUUUGAAGCGGCUAAACAUGAAAGGUCGCAUGAUCAUUUCUGCAGAAAAAAAAGUCUUGGAGAAGCUAACCAACGCGGUCUUGUGCGAUCAACGGGUCUUUCAUGUUGAAGAUGGUUCCAAUUUCUUUCGCAAUAUGCAACAGCAGAUCAUCGCGGAAAUGACAGGAUUUAAUGGCUGGCCGGAUAGCACACCUGUAGAGCUGAUGAAACAGAUCCCCAAAAGGUUACGCGCGUCUGAUUGGGAUACGGUUCGCCCUGCGGUGGCCAUAACUAUUCGAGCCUGGAUUUGGCGGGCAUAUAUGGAAGCCAACAUGGGCGGGGCGGGCACGGCAGACCAGUUCUAUAAGUGGGUCAUUGACAUGCUUGAAUGGGGACUCCGUACUUAUGCUAAUGUCCCGACCGAAGACCGCGGGGCCAUUUUCGCGACAACAUUUCUACGGGCUGUUCGUAACCUCCGACUCGACAAUUUAAUCGGACUGUACGGCGACAAAGGCGCCAAGUGCAGCUACACUCUCGACGACAUCGUCGAGCUCGCACGUGAUCUCAAAAGCGAGACAGAAGCCAGCGAAGGAGAGAUGCCGUCUGAAGGCAAGGGCUUUUUCGACGCCUUUUGGACCUACCCCUUGGCCAGCGCCAUCUCUGUAAUAGGCUGGUACCAUAUGGAGCGUGGCCACGAACACGUCUCGCGCGCAGAAAGAGCGAAGAAUCAAGAUACCGGGCUGGCUAUCUUCGAAGAUGCAGUCACGGAGUACACCCAGUCGGCGCAGUGGUACAUUCAAGCAGCCGAGACAUACCCUCCAGACGACGAAUAUCACCCAUAUCUUUUGGCUGUAGCAUUAGAGGCGUACUGGCGAGGUCACGCCCCGCUCCGUAUUACUAUUCCGCUUGCGCGGCGGGUCCAGGAGGCAACGCCCAAGGCAAUGGAAAUCUGGGAAGCCACAAUGAACUCAGAGAAGUCACGAUCACAGCUGGAGCAAGUCGACCAAUUCCUGAAGCGGUGCGAUGCGGAAAUAGCCAAGGGCAAGUGGACGUUGGACGACUCAUUUGGAGGCGGUUAUGAGCUGCGCCCAAAGACUUGGAAGAUGAGGCAGAAGGAGUAG